GCUGGCUUCAGAGCAUGCGCCAGAAGAGGACUGGCGUAGAAGAAUCAAGUCAAUAGAAUAUUGAAGCUGGAAACACAGUUCAGAGAGAGAGAGACAGAGCUGCUCUACACCCGGACUGGGCUGAGCGGUAGGCGGUAGUCGGCAGUGAGAGAGACAGGUCACACCUACGACCUAGUAAAGAACAGUCCACACCGCUGCCAUCAGGUCCGGAGACAGACGGGGAGUAGAGAGGAGUCGAGGACACAUGUUUUGUUUUUACAGAAACGGAAGGAAGUAACCGUGUAUAUUUUCUGAAAACGUAUUGGAUAGAUUCUAACACAGAGACCCGGUUUGAGAGAGAGAGAGAGAUUUAAGGUCCGUUUUUCGGUGAAGAGGGAAGCUAUGUCGUCCGCGACGGUAGCUGCUUCUCGUAGGCAGUCCUGUUAUUUAUGCGACCUGCCCCGCAUGCCCUGGGCUAUGAUCUGGGAUUUUACCGAACCGAUCUGCAGGGGAUGUGUUAACUACGAAGGAGCGGACCGGAUCGAGUUUGUGAUAGAAACAGCCCGGCAGCUGAAGCGGGCUCACGGUUUCCAGGAGGGGAGAUCUCCGGUACCGGGGAAACAGCAGCAGCGAUCGGGGAAAGAGAUCCAGUCUAACCACCACGGGUCUGGAGGAGACCCCGGAUCCCGGCCGUCCCAGCCCCUGGACCGCUACCCCCUCUCCACCUUGGACCGUCCGCUGCGGCUGGGAACGGAGUACCAGUCUGGGAGACAGGCUAACGGUAUUCCGGUACCUAAUGGAUUUCCUAAACCGGACGACCCACCCGAGCUCAACCGGCAGAGCCCCAAUCCGCGAAGGAAUAACACGAUUCCUCCUAAUCUAGUGCCUCUGGUGAACGGGAACAUGUCCUUGUUACACGUAGUUAACGGCAGACCCGUGUGUCCAAUGGCGAUGGGGAACCCGGGGUCCGGUUUGAUGGCAGGUAGCCUCAACGAGCACGGCGGCGGUAAACGGUUAGUCUCGGUCUCCUGCAGUGACCAGCACGAGAAGGAUAAGCAGCACAUACCGGACAGCCUGACACCGGAGAUAGAGAAUCAUAAAUCCCGGGCGGAUGAGUGGAUGAACAAGGGGAGAGCGGGCAGGGAUUUGAUGAUUCUCCAUACGUUCGACAACCGGUUCAAGAAGGACCAUGCCGCCAUGCAGCAGAGGGGGAUGGGCUAUGAGCAACAGCACAACGGAGCUGCUUCUAAAUCAGACAGGGGGAAACACCCGCGGACUAUGAAGAGGAAAGCAUCGCCGGACCCUGAGGGGGAGAGAGAGGGAACCGCCUCCAAGCAUAACGGAGAGGACAAACAGCAGUGGUUACCGGGUCCACCAUCUGACCGUGACGGACAUAAAAUGACCCCGGGACCGCCACCAAGCUUCUCUUCCAUUCCCCCCACGAUAUCCCCCCAUUCACGCACCACCCCACCGGAAGCUGCGCAGAACGGCCAGUCCCCCAUGGCGGCGCUGAUCCUCGCGGCAGACAACGCCGGUGGUGGCGGGAACAGUUCGCCCAAAGACCAGGUCCACUCCACCACGCGCCGCAACAGCAGUAGCCCGCUCUCUCCUUCCUCCAUGAACCAGAACCGCCGUCCCGCGCAGGGUAAAGAGGCAUCCGGUAUUGUGGGGACACAUCACGUGCCAGGGGGAGGAAUGAUAGAUCAAGGGCAUCAAAGCAUUGCGGACUCGUCAGUACCCGGGAGUGUAUCUCUCUGCUGCACGCUCUGUGACCAGAGGUUAGAGGACACCCAUUUUGUUCAGUGUCCGUCGGUACCUUCGCACAAGUUCUGUUUCCCGUGCUCGCGGGAGAGCAUCGAACAGCAAGGGGCCACCGGGGAGGUGUACUGUCCCAGCGGGGAGAAGUGUCCGUUGGUCGGCUCUAACGUACCGUGGGCUUUCAUGCAAGGAGAAAUCAGCACCAUCCUUGCAGGAGACGUCAAAGUAAAAAACGAAAUGGACACUUGAGAUUUUAUUUUCAAAAUAUUUUGAGGAGAGAGAUUGUUUGGGGGGGAAAAAGAACAAAUACGAGCGUAUAAAUAUUAAAAUGAAAUACCAUCCAAACAAACUAACGAAGGGACAUUGUACAUAUUUUACCCAAACCGAGGAGACUAGCGUAGGCUCUAUAAAACAAAGCUGUAUAAUAUAGAGAUUUUUUUUAAUACAUUCAGUUUCUAUAUUUUUAGAAGAUAAAGGUAUGUAAUUAUUAUAGAACUGGGCUCUCUCGAUCCCCUAUUUGUUGAUGUUUGACACUGUUGAUGUAGACCUACUUCUGGUGGUACGUCCCAAAAGGCAUUCUAUUCCCUAAAUAGGACACUACUUUUGAGCAGGGCCCCCCUACAGGGACACCCACAGGGCUCCGGUCAAAAGUAGUGCCCUAUUUAGGUAACAGCCUUUUGGGUCGCAGUAAUUCUGUCUGGUGGCUGUUUCUGUUCAAAACCUAGAAUGACGAUGACGCUCCCUCUCCGCGAACCACUUGGCAACCAACUGAAAUGUUUUUAUCUGUAACUUGUUUCAAAAGAAUUGCCAAAUACAAUGUGUGAUCUUGUCUGAAGAA